GCGCAUUCUAAUCCGUUUCACACACGGUGCUGCUACCUCGUUUGCUUCGUGCAUGCGUGCGCAGAUGUGGGCCCCGCGGGAGCAGCUCCUGGGCUGGGCUACGGAAGCUCUGCCUGCCAAGGAUUCUGCCUGGCCCUGGGAAGAGAAGCCUAGAUAUCUGGGACCAGUGACUUUUGAGGAUGUGGCUGUGCUUUUCAAUGAGGCAGAGUGGAAGAGACUUAGCCUUGAGCAGAGGAACCUAUACAAAGAAGUGAUGCUGGAAAAUCUCAGGAAUCUGGUCUCGUUGGCAGAAUCAAAGCCAGAAGUCCAUAUCUGCCCUUCUUGCCCUCUGGCCUUUGGCAGUCAGCAAUUCCUCAGCCAAGAUGAGCUACACAAUCAUCCUAUUCCAGGUUUCCAUGCAGGAAAUCAACUCCACCCAGGAAAUCCCUGCCCAGAGGAUCAGCCACAGUCACAACGUCCUUCUGAUAAAAAUCACAGGGGGGCUGAAGCAGAAGAUCAACGAGUGGAAGGAGGCGUCAGACCCUUGUUUUGGAGUACAAAUGAGAGGGGGGCUUUAGUGGGUUUCUCUAGCCUGUUCCAGAGACCACCAAUAAGCUCUUGGGGAGGCAACAGAAUAUUAGAGGUACAGCUCAGUCCAGCCCAGAAUGCAAGCUCUGAGGAAGUAGACAGAAUUUCCAAGAGGGCAGAAACCCCAGGGUUUGGAGCAGUCAGGUUUGGAGAGUGUGCACUAGCUUUUAACCGGAAGUCAAACCUGUUCAGACAGAAGGCAGUCACAGCAGAAAAAUCUUCAGACAAAAGGCAGUCACAGGUGUGCAGGGAGUGUGGGCGAGGCUUUAGCAGGAAGUCACAGCUCAUCAUACACCAGAGGACACACACAGGAGAAAAGCCUUAUGUCUGCAGAGAGUGUGGGCGAGGCUUUAUAGUUGAGUCAGUCCUCCGCAACCACCUGAGUACACACUCCGGGGAGAAACCUUAUGUGUGCAGCCAUUGUGGGCGAGGCUUUAGCUGCAAGCCAUACCUCAUCAGACAUCAGAGGACACACACAAGGGAGAAGUCAUUUAUGUGCACAGUGUGUGGGCAAGGCUUUCGUGAAAAGUCAGAGCUCAUUAAGCACCAGAGAAUUCACACAGGGGAUAAGCCUUAUGUGUGCAGGGAUUGUGGCCGAGGCUUUGUAAGAAGAUCAUGUCUCAACACACACCAGAGGAUACAUUCAGAUGAGAAGCCUUUUGUUUGCAGAGAGUGUGGGCGAGGCUUUCAUGCUAAAUCAACUCUCCUCCUACACCAGUGGACACAUUCAGAGGUGAAACCUCAUGUGUGUGAGGAGUGUGGGCAUGGAUUUAGCCAGAAGUCGACGCUCAAAUCACAUCGGAGAACACACUCGGGGAGAAGUCUUAUGUGUGUGAGGAAUGUGGGCGGGGAUUUAGCCGGAGGAUAUUCCUCAAUGGACACUGGAGGACACACACAGGAGAAAAGCCUUACACGUGCUUUGAGUGUGGGCGAAACUUUAGCCUCAAGUCCGCUCUUAGUGUACAUCAGAGGAUGCACUCUGGGGAGAAGCCUUAUGCAUGCACAGAGUGUGGGCAAGGCUUUAUCACGAAAUCACAGCUCAUCAGACACCAGAGGACACACACAGGAGAAAAGCCUUAUGUCUGCAGAGAGUGGGCGAGGCUUUAUAGCUCAGACAACCCUCCACUACCACCGGCGUACACACUCCAAGGAGAAACCUUAUGUGUGCAGCCAGCGUGGGUGAGGCUUUUGUGAUAAAUCAACUCUCCUCGCACACGAGCAGACACAUUCAGGGGAGAAGCCUUAUGUGUGUGGGGAAUGUGGGUGGGGAUUUGGCCGGAAGAUACUCCUCAACAGACACUGGAGGACACACACAGGAGAGAAAACUUACGCGUGCAUCGAGUGUGGGCAAAACUUUAGCCACAAGUCCACUCUCAGCUUACAUCAGAGGAUACACUCGGGGGAGAAGCCUUAUGCAUGCAUGGAGUGUGGGCGAGGCUUUAGGAGGAAGUCACAGCUCAUCAUACACCAGAAGAUACACUCGGGGAAAAGCUUUAGAGGUGCAAGCAGUGAGGAUGUGAUUUUAGCAACAAGUCAGCCAUCAGCCACACCAGCGGAAAUGCUUAGGGAGAAGACUUGUUUGUAAGGUAAUGUGGACAGAGCUGUACGUGGACAUCAUUACUUGUCACAUGUCAGAGGACACACUCGGGAGAAGCCUUCAUGGAGUGAGAGUAAGGUGUUGGCUGGAAGUGGCCCCUUAAGAGAUACUUGGAGUCAAAUCUAUCCACUGUACGCCCACCCCACUCUUGUUCUAAGAGCUUUGGGGACAGUCUUUUGACCCCUUACAUUCCUUUAGAUGUGAAGAUGACAGAGAUCUAACUUCUCAGAGCAGAGGUGUCAAGUGACGGUCCCCUUGGAGGAAUGGUCUUUGCAUCUGACUACUUCCUCCUGCAACUGUGUUCUUCCAUUGGCUUCCAUGACACGCUCCUGCUUUAUUUUUUUCUACAUCCCUAGCUUUGCUGUAUCCUCUCCUACCCCACCUUUAGAUUUUACUCAGAGUUCAGUCUCCAGCCCUACAAUCUGAGGGACUCCUUUACCAUGUCCCCUUCCUAACCCUCCAGUCCCAAAUCCAAGAUUCUUUAACCACACUCUAAAAGUUCUUCAGACUCAGGACUUAAACAUAGCCACGCCACCUUGGCCUUCAAUGACAGGGAUCUAGCAAUGCCGCAUCAUCGGCCUUCCAAUACCAGGUUUAAGGGUUUUUUAAACACAGCUCCUCUUAAAUCCUCCAACCUCAGUAUCCAGUGUUUUAGCCAUGCUCAGGUGGCUAAAUUACGUCCAGGAAUGGUGCUAGGGCCUUUAGCCAUUUGUCUCUCCUCACACUCCCAGGGCCCAUAUGGCCCAGGUUCUGACAGUUUGCCUUACUCCGUUGGCCUGGGACUAGCCCUAUCUGAUACCCCGUGUCAAUGAGUGUACCUUGGAGAGCUAUCCACUCAGGCCCCAAUGCCUUUAUUUGCCAAGAGACUCUGCCACAGAAAAGAAGGGGAGAGAUGUUCAUGUAACCUCAAAAUACUUAGGCUUGGUUUUGAUGCUAGAGAGGAAGGAGGACUUGGAAAGAAAGAAGGAAUGGCUGGUCCAGAGGCUUUUGUCCACUCCUUCUCACUGGAAGUGGUUGAUCUCCAGGGAAUCCCCAAGGUUAGCCUGGUUAGGGGAAGGGCUAGGGGUACCUGGAAUGUAGGAUCUCUCCCCUGCCUGGCCUACCACCCUAAUGUGUCCAGAAUUGGUAGGUUCUUGGUCUUGCUGACUUCAAGAAUUAAGCCGUGGACCCUCGCGGUGAGUGUUACAGUUCUUAAA